CUAGGUUAGGAAAUGUGUACUCUAUAAGGUAUACAUGAUCCAUUGGGUUACCGGGUUAGGAAAUGACCUGGUUGGAACAGUACAAACUGAACUAUAGUUUCUGGUUGUGGCUGGACAGGCAGGAUAUGACUAAAAGUGGUCGUGUGCUUGCGAACACAUCGUACAGCAGCCCCGAACCCUGUAUACAGUUAGUAGCAAGCCACAUACAUUCAUAUCACUGCAACACUGUGUGUCUGUCUGGUCCAUUGUGAUAGCUCCGUCAACAUAAAGCUAUAAGAAAAUAACAUGGCUGAUAGUAGUAAAAACACAGAGGACACAACGGGCCAACCAGGUGACCCUAGUUAUAAUUCUGACAAGCCGUUUGUACCCAAACCAGGAACGGCAACUUACACCAGAGAGCCUGCUGAGAAAAGUGACAGACUGGAAAUGGACCUAGAGCUCGUGGAAGAUGAUACAAAGGGAGUUGCCAAAAUGAGCAGUGAGAAAGGUGCCGCGAAGAAGGAUGGGAAACCUGGGAAGCAGUAAAGUUGAUAGCGGUUCCGAGUAGUCAGGGAGCAAGACCUUCUUAACAACACAUCCUGACAGGUUCACAGGCAUCGGUACCCGGACUGCAAUGUUGGAGACUGUUUUUGAGAGACAUGCAAAGAUUGUAAACGACCUAGCUGCUUUCAAAAGACUGAACAACGGAGAACAUGUUGGGCACCGUGACUGAACAGCCUCGUCCGUCACCGCCGGAUUCGACCGAAUUGCACCGGAUGGAUGCGGUGCCGGGCCGUGGAUACGAGAGUUUGGACGGCGGGCGAAACGACUCGAUUCACGCUGAUCUGGGGGUUUUGAAACACACUGAUCGAGUGACUGUACAUCAAACUGUGGAAAGCGUUGGGGCUGGCUGUGACGUCACUAAUACGUACAUCUUGACAACAGACAAGCGAGAGCAACUCUUUCUAGCAAUUGAAGAAACGUCAUGUUGUUCCCGAUUCUGGUGUGGUCCAGCCCGCGCUUUCCGUAUCUCCCUCCGGAAUCAUAAUGACGAGGACGUCAUUACGUUCGUCCGUCCAACACGGUGUGAUGCGUGCUGCUGCCCGUGUUGCAUGAUGGAACUGAUGGUACAGACUCCGAUCGGUGACGUCAUUGGUUACGUCAAACAAACUUGGAGUCUGUUUGGUGUUUUGUUGAAGAUUGAGGACUCGGAUAAGAAUCCCUUGAUGUCACUACGUACGUCUUGCUGUCCUUGCCGAUGCUUCAAAGACAUGGAAGUACAGGUAGAGUGCUUCGCCACUGAUGGAGUAGGUUUGAUUCGCAAGCAGUGGGGAUCGAGGAAACAAGAUGUGAACAUGGACCACGAAACGUUCAAUAUUGAAUUUCCUCCUGGUCUUGAUACGAAGAGUAGAGUCCUCCUGAUCGGUGCAGCCUUCCUCAUGGAUUACAUGUUCUUUGAGAUGACCUAAAAAACUGACCAAAACUCGGCAUGGAGCAAGCAAGACCGAAGGGUUGGACUUUUCUUUCAUCACCGGCGUCCAGCUUGAUGUUUCCACCUCGGCCGUUCGACAAAAUCACUUUCAUUUAGAAUUGAAUGUUAAAACUGUUGCCGUGUGACCACAAUUAUUAUUUUAACAAAGUCGAGUUUAAUUAAGUCAUUGUGUUUGUUGGUGUAACUGUUUUUAAGAGCAUAACUCAAUUCUUUCCAGUCCUUAAAAAAAGGUAGCUGUUUUAGAAAAUAAAAUCUCUGCUGUUAGAGAGAAGAAAAAAUACGGCUUAAAAAAUACAAUAACUGCUUCUGACAAAAAAAUAGCGUUGACACUAACGCGCUUUCGAACAUCCCUGGACAUCACUGCACUCUGCCCAUGAAUAGACUUGGUUCAAGUCGAUCGUGCGAGAGGUUCCCUUAUCCGCUGUCAAAAUGUAGUGGGGGAAUUGGAUCUGACGUAAGGCGAUGGGACUGAAAAAAAAAGACUCUCGCGGGAUUCGGACGUGAGUCAAGUCUACCAGUCUACCAAUGGGCAGCUUGUCGGCGUGUUGUGACCAAGCGAGUAAGUGCAUUCUGGACUCGACAAACUCUGGCGUUUCUGAUAAGCUGUGUGUUGUUUUACAUGUAGGUUUAGUCUGUACACUUACAGCUCUUCAAAUCCUCUGAGAUGUGCCAGAACCGGAGCGUGUCUAUCCAUGGAAAUUUGCGUAUGUACUUUCCCUUGUUUUUGACAAUUCACCUGUUUUGAUAUUGUGUUGUUGGUUUGCAGUAACAUGUGUACUAACUAUAUCUUCUUGCUGGGUAGAUUAUUUUCAUUUGAGAACUUGUCUUGUAUGUUAUUCUAUUGCUGCUACAUAUGAGUGACACUUUCGUGGCAAUGGCACUGCACUUAUGUGUACAUGAAGUUUUGAACAAAAUUGUGAUAUUCUCAAGAUAUUCUCUUCAUAACCUUGUGCUGGGAUGUUAGUGUUGCGACUCUGUGAUUUUUACUAUGUUAAAAGAUAGCUAUUAAUAUAUACAUGUAAUACAACAGCCCAGUACAAGGUCAGACGAAGGAAUUACAGUUUAGUGUUGAUAAUUUGACUGAUGUGUGUAUUGUUCAACUAUUAGUUGGUUGUUUAUCAUUUUUGGGCUGGAUUGAUAUGCAGGCUGGAUCCACAUGCCUAACCAUAGUUCCUAUAUUUACCCAAAUAGGCACCAGUCUUUUUGCAACAUUGAGUUAUUUGAACCCAGGACAAGGUCAGACGAAGGAAUUACAGUUUAGUGUUGAUAAUUUGACUUAUGUGUGUAUUGUUCAACUAUUAGUUGGUUGUUUAUCAUUUUUGGGCUGGAUUGAUAUGCAGGCUGGAUCCACAUGCCUAACCAUAGUUCCUAUAUUUACCCAAAUAGGCACCAGUCUUUUUGCAACAUUGAGUUAUUUGAAGUAAAAUCAAUUCUCAACAAAAUUAUAAUGAAUACGUAGUCGAUAACCAAUAGUUACUUUUUUAUAAAUAUUUUUUUUUAUAUAUAAGCAUGACAGGUUUUGUGAACAUUAUGAAUGUAAAUAUUGGUUACAUGGGAAGUUGAUUGAUGUAAAAUGACAACCUCUAUCCACCACUCUAUGGUAAUUAAAGUGGUGGUUAAAGGCAGUGGACACUAUUGGUAAUUACUCAAAAUAAUUAUUAGCAUAAAACCUUACUUGGUAA